ACUCAAUCCAAUAAAUCUGGCUACUUUAAACUCUUAAGCAGGCUGAGGAGGUUUGAUCCAUUUAAUCUCAAUCUUCUACGUUCAUGAUUUGAUCUGCGAGGGACGAAUGUACCUCGUUCGACUGAACGAAAAAUGAAUUCAUUCUUAAGGGAAGGUUUCUCAAGGAAUUUGUCCUUUCCUCCCACCACACUGAAAAUGAUGUCUUUGGAGGAGGCAAAUUUUAGCUGUCGCUUCAGUGAGGAAUUCAAAUAUAUCCUACUACCUGUGUCAUACUCAUUGGUGUGUUUCCUGGGACUGACACUAAACUCUGUGGCACUAUGGAUGUUCAUUACUAAGAUGAGGCCCUGGAACACCAGUACAGUGUAUAUGUUUCAUCUGGCUCUGUCAGACACACUCUAUGUGCUCUCCUUGCCAAUGCUCAUAUAUUACUAUGCAAACCGCAACCAUUGGCCAUUUGGGGUUUUCCUCUGUAAGGUUGUGCGCUUCCUUUUCUAUGCCAACUUGUACUGCAGCAUCCUUUUCCUCACUUGCAUCAGUGUGCACCGCUACCUUGGCAUCUGUCACCCCAUUCGUACUCUCACUUUGGUAAAGCCACGCCAUGCCCACCUGGUCUGUGUUUUGGUCUGGAUAGCAGUCAUAGCCUGCUUGGUGCCCAAGCUGAUUUUCGUCACUAUUUCUCAGAGGGACAAUGACACUUUGUGUCAUGACACCAGCGGCCCGGGAGACUUUAACAACUAUGUUACUUACAACUCAGUGGUAAUGGUGCUGUUGUUUAUUCUGCCCUUUCUGGUAAUCAUGAUUUGCUACUGUUUAAUGGCACGGGCCCUGUGCCAACCCAGAACAGGCCUGGCCCAAAGUCAACAGAGUGCUUCAUCUCGGAAGAAGUCCAUUAAACUUAUCAUAGUGGUGCUGGUUGUGUUUGCAAUCUGCUUUGUACCCUUCCAUAUCACCCGCUCCCUCUACUAUGCCUAUCGUAUUCUAGAUGCUAACUGCCGGUCCCUUAAUAUUGUCAACUUUGCUUAUAAAAUCACUCGUCCACUUGCCAGCAUGAACAGCUGUUUGGACCCCAUACUAUACUUCCUGGCGGGGGAUCAUUACCGCUCGAAACUCAUCAGAGUGUUCACGAGACAAACGGCCAACAGCCGAUCCACUGCGUAUGUGCACUCACCUCCUAAGAACAAUUUUGUACUGGCCUUUAAGAACCCAGAUGCCCAAGCCAACAAUUAAUUGGGUAUUUUGUUUUUACACGAUAUCCUAGAAGGCUGCCUCAAAAGGUUUUAGAGACCCCAUGUGUUCAGUGUCAACAGCCGUAUCGCUUGAAGCACAGAGACAUAAAUCUGAAUGAGUCUGGAUGGCCUUGUUGUAAAUACUAAGGUGUAGAUGAAAGUAAAGGUGUUUCUUUGGAGAUGGGAUAUGGUUUGCUUUGUUUGUGUACUCUUAAUGUUUUUGCCAUCAAGUAUUAUCACUGGUAAUAUAAUGCAGAAACAGUGCAGCUCAUUUUAUAAAAGCACUGAUGGCCAGUUCACUCUUAUGGAUACUUUCAUCUGCUGAAUCUGCUCACUGUUGGUCAAGGACAUAAUCAAAUCAAAUCAAAUCAAAUCACUUUAUUGUCACACUACCAUGUACACAAGUGCAACAGUAGGUGAAAUUCUUGUGUGCAGUUCCGAGCAACAUAGCAGUCAUGACAGUGAUGAGACAUAUACCAAUUACAAUAAACAACAUACUUACACAACACAAUUUACAAAUCAAAUGUACACAUACUUACACAACACAAUAAUUAUAUACAAUACACACAAUAUAGAAUACACAAUAUACAAUACAAUAAGUAAGGAGUAUAUGAAAUAUAUAUAUAUAUGAAGUAGUAUAUUGAGGAGAAUAUGUUGACAGUCCAGUGUGAGAUUAUAGCUGAAUAAAGUGCAGUGCUAAUUAUUGAUCCUGAUAGAUCAAGUGUUCAACAGUAUGAUUGCUUGGGGGAAAAAGCUAUCAUGUAGUCGGCUGGUGCGGGUCCUGAUGCUGCGAUACCGCCUGUCUGAUGGUAGCAGUGAGAACAGACCAUGACUCAGGUGGCUGGAGUCUCUGAUGAUCCUCCGAGCUUUUUUCACAAGGCAGUGUUGAGCUACUGUCAAGACCAAAAACAAAACCCACUCUACAUGCCAGAGAUGGACUCUGGCCUGUGACUAGUACUACAAAAAUGGAAACAAUGCCUCUGUGUUCUAUUAUGUCUGAAGGUCCCGUUGACGAAAACGAAGAUUUGAAAUCCUGCUGUGAGAGAACGCAACUGUAGUUCCAUAAUUUUUAAUGAAUAAUUAUAGUGAUUCUUCUACCAAUUCCAAAAGAGUACCUACUUUACCACUUAUUUUUUAAUUUGAUCCUGAAUGUUGGAAACAUUAUAAUUUAUAUAAAAUAAGGUAAGAUGCAAUGGAAAGUUCCAUUUAUUUGAACCUGAGAGACAAUGUGAGAUACUGUGAUUGAAAAGGUGAAUGGUUGUGAGGGAGGCUGUAAAGUCAACAAGCACAACUGGAGUUCUGCAGAUAUCCCCUCUUGGCUGCUUCUGCUGUUUUUGUCAUUUGGCAGAGGAGCUGUAUAGCUGUGUAGCUGUACAUGUGUGUGAGCCAGUAACUUAAGUCAGUAGCUUCAUAAGUAAACAAUUGAACUAUUAAAAUAUGAAAUCAACUGUUCUCAAUUAUUAAAUCAACAUCUAUAGAAAUAAAGAAGUAUAAAGGUUUUUAUCUUAGUAAUUUGUGGCUUUUACAAAUGGAAAAUACAGUAAAUUGAAUCUGCCCAUUUAGAAAUGAUCCAUUAGAUGGAAAAUGCAUUUAUGAGUAAUUUCUUUGACAACU